AUGAACAUCGAUUGGUUUCAACCUUUUGAUGGGGUCACUUACUCCUGUGGUGUGAUAUACCUUUGCAUCAACAACUUGCCAAGAUCGGAAUGGUACAAGAAGGAGAAUGUUGUUCUUGUUGGUCUCAUGCCAGGGUCCAAGGAAGCAAAGACAAGUGAAAUCAAUCACUACCUCCGUCCCCUUGUCACAGAACUCAACCAGUUGUAUGGCAGUGUGGUGAUGUCUACUGUACAGUGCCUAUCUGGUGCUCUUGUCCAUGCUGCCCUUCUUCUUGUUGCCUGCAACAUUCCUGCUGCCUACUCCAAUGCUGUGGACUACUCUGGGUUCGUGUUUUCUGAGUGGGUACCUCACACUGAUGCCGAAAACUGCCGUGAUGCCGAGUUGUGGAGAAUGGCCAGCAAAUUGCAUGACCUGAUUUACUUUAACCUCGUGGAGUGCACUGUCAUCGAUCCGAUGCACAACCUGUACCUUGGAACAGCAAAGAGGAUAAUGGAGAAAUGGAGAUCUUCAGGUCUCAUCACAGAUGCACACUUGGCCGAAAUGCAGUUGGAUGCUGACAAGCUUGUACUGCCAGAGGACUACAUGCCAUUAGGGACAAAGAUCGGGUGUGGCUUCCCAUUCAUGAAGGCCGACGAGUGGAAGUCUUGGUGCUUGGUGUACUCUCCUGUUAUCCUGCAUGGUCGUCUACCUGAAGCUCAUCUCGGUAACUGGACAACGUUUGUCAAUGCAUGCCAGUACCUCUCAAUGCCAAGCAUAUCCAUGGCUCACCUUGAUGAAGCCCAUCAAUCUUUGGAGGCUUUCUGCAGAGAGUGCGAGAAGUUGUAUAAAGCCCCAUUCCUUUCGCCAAACAUGCAUCUCCAUCUUCAUCUUCGAGAGACUGUACUGAACUUUGGCCCGGUUUAUGGCUAUUGGCUUUUUAGUUUCGAAAGAUGCAAUGCCACUUCCACUUCCACUGACACCUCAAUCCAAUUCAAUAUCAAUGCUUUUCUUGAUUCUCCUGAGAUCAACUUUGAUAUUGUCAAGGGAAACAAGCCUUUGCCCCCUUCCGCACUUCCUUUAGCUCUAAAGGGGGAGAUUUCCAUGGAUGAAUCCGAGUAUGAGCAUUUGUUGGAAUACUAUCACAAGACAUAUAAUGAUCAAACUCUUGUUCAUUAUUGUCAGGCUGGUCAUUCCAAUAAUUUUGUUAACAAUCGGAUACAGAAGUUUGAAUCAAUCAAUCUUCUUGGGCAAAUCUACAAGAGCAAAACGAAGAAUCAGCAUGGGUCGUUUAUGCAAGCCUUGUUUGAGACAAGUGAUGGUAGAAGUACCAAGUCAUACGCGGGCCAAAUUCAGUACCUCUUUGUCAAUACUGCUGAAGUUUUACUUCAGCCCAGAGCAGGAGAAGGAGUUGAGGUGAAUGAGGUGGGGUUCGAAGAUGACAGCAUGAACAGCAUUCUCCCAGUGCAUAGAAUCUGCUAUCCAGUUGCAGUAGGCAAGCACCUUGGUCUAGAAGGCAAAGUUCAGAUGUGUGUAGUUCCUUUGCCACGAAAAAUAUAUAUUUAG